AUCUGGCAACAGUGUGGGAGCAGAGGAAACAUGACAAAAAAUCUUUCACCGAAGCGCCCAAGUUGGACUUUUUAAAGUUAGUUUUAAGUGAAUGGAACAUCUGUUUAUUCUCGUUUAUCUUAAUGUUGUCAGAAAUAGAGUGUCGUGAAGAAGAAACGAGUGCUGUUUCAGACUUUUGUUUUGCUCAGGAGCUAACCCGCACAGAAGCUAACAUUUAGCUAACUUAGGUACGUCGAGAUUUUUUUCUAACAACUUUGUUUUUAACUCAUUGUUUUUAUGUAAGGUCUACUUUUAGACACAUUUCUCUCCGUCGGUGUCUGUAUGUGCAGCAGACAAAGUACAAUAACGGUCUUUGUUAACACCCAGCUAGCCUGUGAGCCUUUUUUUUUUUUUUUUUUUUUUUUUGAUGGAUGAUGUACCGCGUCGCUGCGUCGGGUGUUGGCCGUUGCCGUUGCCCGUCGCCUCCGCGCUGAAUCACCGCUCAUGACCAAAGACUUUAUCCUGUCUGUUGGGACAGCCCGGACAAAGACACCUCGAGUGAUUUUUGAAGCCGAUCCCUUGAUUUUAAGGACAGGAUGGGCUCCCUGAAGGCUCUCCAGGAGUGGUGUCGGAUCCAGUGUGAACCUUUUAACCAAGUGGACAUAAAGGACAUGUCAGCGUCCUUCCGAGACGGAUUGGCUUUCUGUGCCAUAAUACACCGUCACAGACCGGAUUUGAUAGACUUUGACUCACUGUCUAAGGAGAAUGUCUACGAGAACAACCGUCUGGCCUUUGAGGUGGCUGAAACAGACCUUGGAAUUCCGGCUCUGUUGGACCCAGAAGACAUGGUGUCCAUGAAAGUGCCUGACAGACUCAGCAUCAUCACUUACGUGUCCCAGUACUAUAACUUCUUCAACAACAGGUCUCAUGCGAACCCUCCCCCUCCCAUGAAGAGGCUGAGCUCCAUCACUCACAGUGAGCCGGCUCAGAAACGACUUCCAACUCCUCUGGAAGAGAAAGUGGUUCAGUCUGAGAUGAACCCGCCCACGUUGACCAGAGCUGAAGCAGCAGCGGCGGUCAGAUCCGGGACGCUCAGCAGCACCUGCGCCGCCUGCCAGAAACAUGUCCACCUGGUCCAGAGGUUCCUGGUCGACGGCAAACUUUACCACCGAAACUGCUUCAGGUGCACUGAGUGCCGCAGUACUCUUCUUCCUGGAUCCUACAAAUUAACAAACGGGUCUGGGGCAUUGAUCUGCACUCAUCAUCUGACACAACACGCUUUAGCCGAUCAGAAUGGCCGCCCAGAUCUGAGCAAGGACCCAGCGGUAGUUCAGUCGGCACGGGUCGGUCGCUCCACGGUACAUCAGCCCUCGAUCCCGGGAGGGGAUCAGGCGGGUUCUCUAGCAAACGAAGCGGACACGCCGAGCGGUGUGAUUGCUCCUCCAUCCCCCACCGUAAACUCUUUAGAAAUACUGGAGGAACCGGCAGAACGAGAACUCACUCCUUCUCCUCCCAACCCUUUUGACGAGAGCGACGAAGACGAGGAAGCGAAAUACGGAGACACUGAACAUCCAGUCAAACAUGUGGCUAAUGGGGUCGCUCCCCCUGAACACCUCGAGCAUCAUGAAAGCCGGCCGGUUCCAGCACCUCGCCGAGUAUCAGAGCCCACACCCCCACCUCGCCCCGCCCCUCGGACCCGGCCCUUUCGAAUCACAGACAGACUUCUUGUUGUCACAGAUUGCCAUCAGAAGCCCCCGACUCCUCCCAAACCACGAGCGAGGUCCCAGUCUCCAGGAAGCUUGUCCAGUGGCACGCAUAAACCAAAAGACCCACCGUGGCUCGCCUUGGUCCAGUCAGAACCCAAGAAGAAGAAAGCCCCUCCCCCUCCCGGACUGGUAACGCCUCCCAAUACCGGCUCUCUGCCCUCUCUUAAAGGGGAGGGCUCCAGACCGAGUACACCGCCGCAGGCUAACCCUUUUGAAGAGAAUGAUGAGGAGGAGGAGAAAGAGGAGGGUCCUGAAGGCGGCGUGGUUCCUUCCAGCGUGGUGGUGAACCAUCCAUGGUACAGUAUCACACAGGUGGCAGACGAGGUCGGCGUUGACACUGCCCCCAGUGGAGAGACCUCAUCCCGCUCUGCCAGCCCCGGGAACGCCAAGAGCAAGAAACGGCCGGCACCUCGUGCACCACAGCCACCUGCCACCAACCAGGCUCUUCCUCACUCUCAGCCCUCCUCCUGCUCUCCGUCUCCAGCUCUCAGCACAGAGAGUCUUUCCUCUGGCUCAGACCUCAGCUCCUCCCAGCAUCCGGCGGGUGGCGACCAGGAACACGCUGUCACCAAAAGCAUCUCGGAGCCUUCCAUCUGUCGACCAUAUAUCUCCACGGCAACCGCUUCCUCCUCCACCUCAGCCGAGCAUCUCCUUUUUCCUCCUUCCUCAAACUCGUCCCCGUUGCCCGUGUUGUCUAACGCCAGCUCGGCUCCAGCCACGCCACAGACCAGUCGCAGCUCCAGCAGGAAAGCAGUCCCUCCUCCACGACCCCCAACGACCCCGAGCCCUCUGGCAUCCGGACCGUCUCCUUCACAUAACAAGAGGAUCUGUAAGGAGAACCCCUUCAACAGAAAGACCUCCCCCUCACCUUCUAAGUCCAAAAGCAGACCACCUCCAGGCUCUCGUCCUGCCAGACCCCCCGCCCCUGGUCAUGGAUUUCCGCUCAUCAAACGCAAGGUCCAUUCAGACCAGUACAUCCCAGUGGAGGACAUUCACGGAGAGAUGAGCGAGCUGGAGAAGCAGCUGGAUGAGAUGGAGCAGAGAGGAGUGGAGCUGGAGAGGAAGCUGAGAGACAACCCCAAUGCUGAAGAUGAGGAGCACCUGCUGGUGGACUGGUUCACACUCAUCCACGAGAAACACCUUCUAGUCAGACGAGAAGCAGAACUGGUCUACACUGCCAAGCAGCAGAACCUGGAGGAGAGACAGGCUGACGUGGAGUAUGAACUCAGGUGUCUCCUCAACAAACCAGAGAAAGAAUGGAAUGAGGAGGACAAGACUCGUGAACAGGAGCUGAUGGCAGAACUGGUUACCAUCAUUGAACAGAGGAACCAGAUAGUGAACAGCAUGGACCAGGACAGACAGAGGGAGGAAGAAGAGGACAAGCUCGUGGAGGCCAUGCUGAAGAAGAAAGACUUCCAGAAGGAGCCGGAGGUGGAGCACCCAAAGAAAAAAGGGGCAAAGUUCAAACCUAUGAAGGCGCUGAAGCGUCUGAGCCAUAAAGCAGAAGCGGGUCAGAGCCCUCAGAAGGAGAAAAACUGAACAAGAGGCCUUUCUGGCUUAGUUUUUUUUUUUUCCUAUGGGGGGGGGGGGGGGGGACAGGUCAUGUAUGCAACACCGACUGUCACUCAACGCGCUGCUCAUCUUUACUUGAAGCUUCUCUUUAAAACUUGUUUCACUCUACAUCACCUGAACCUGCAUAUUUUUCAUUCUGUUGACAAAAGAUGAGCUCAGCCAAUUAGGAGCUAGCAGACACCUGACUGAGCCAAUUAGCUGUGAGCAGGUUUGGGGUCACUGAGGACCAAAGUGACUGAAAAGUGAGUUCUGACUUCCACUCCAGCAGCGCCCCCCUCUGGUCUAGUGGUGGUACUAAGAACAGCUAAAAAACUUUUAGGCAACACUAAAAUCCUGCAGCCGUCACAUAAAACCAGGAAAGCUGCUGCAGUCUGAACGUUUUUGUCCUCCACUUAUAGUUUUACUGUUAUACUCAUGUAUGUAAAUGUAGUACCUAUAAAAAGUACUCUUCAUAAAAAAUAACCCCACAGAUCAGUUAAACCUAAACCACCAAGAAUCCUGUGAGCUCUCAGAGGCACAGAUGCUUUCAUUUUUUUUCCUGCGUGUAUGAAAACACGCAGGACACUUCAUGUCUCUGAUCUAUAAGUGCCAUUUUCUCAUCCGCUAAAUCCAUUUCAACAACAAUUUUUUUUUUCUUCUUCCUUAAAG